AUGGAAACUUCGACUUUACAGUCCUUCUCCCCAGACCCCUUGGCCUUACAGGCUGAGGAGGAAGAAGAGGAAUAUUUGACAGGGGAGGACAUACCCUUGGAACUUGAUAAAACACUCCGUUACCUGUCCAUCAUUAUAUACAGCAUAGCUUUUCUCCUGGGAACCACUGGAAAUGGCUUGGUGAUAUGGAUUGCUGGGUUUAAGAUGAAGAGAACAGUCAAUACAGUCUGGUUUUUGAAUCUUGCAAUCGCUGACUUCAUUUUUACGUUUUUUUUGCCCUUGAGCAUCACCUACACAGCUCUGGGUUUCAACUGGCCAUUUGGAACUCUACUGUGCAAGCUGAACAGCACCAUCGCUUUCCUGAAUUUGUUUGCGAGUGUCUUCCUGCUUACUGUUAUCAGUGCUGACCGUUGUGUCUCCGUGGUCAGACCCGUAUGGGCCCAAAACCAUAGGACUCCAAGACUGGCUUCCGCUAUCGCCCUCUCUGUUUGGCUGGCAGCUUUAAUCCUUUGUUCUCCCUACUUGGCCUUUCGGGACACCAUACGGGACAAUGACAACAAUGUCACACAUUGCUACAAUAACUACGCCUUCUCCACCGACUUUGAUGACUUGGAGGUAGUAGCCUUGAGGAACAUGAGACACCAAGUAAUGAUAUCUGUAAGACUUAUCUUAGUUUUCUAUUCUUUGAUGGCUUUGAAGUUGAGAAGAAGCCUUCUUUCGUGGUCCAGCCGGCCAUUCAAAGUCAUGGCAUCUGUUGUGGUUGCUUUCUUCCUCUGCUGGUUCCCAUAUCACAUCCUCUCUGUACUGGAAGUUGUUAUGCACCACUGGGACAAUAAAGGGCUAAAAUCAGCUGUUCUUAUUGGAAGUCCCUUAGCUACCAGUCUGGCUUUCUUUAACAGCUGCUUAAACCCUUCCUCUAUGUCUUCCUGGGCAGGGAUUUUAAAGAGUCCUUGA